UCUUGCUGCAACUGCAAACUCUUCGGUAAUUAAACUGCGACGUCAGGCGACAUUUUAGUCACAGCGGCAUCAUCAGCGGCGCUGACGUGGCCAUAGCACGUACACCCUCAUUAGUGACGAGUUCCACUACGUCAAACUUCGGGCUCAAUGGAUCGGUCAACCUCCUCCCAACUGGACAGCCGUUCAGACGGAGAGGAGAACCACAGUGAGGCCGGCUCGUCUGCUGCAGCGGCUGCUCAGGUUUCAGAUUCCCCGGGUGUGAGCGCGGUGCAGGUGCAGGGUGUGAUCCAGGCCCCGCAGACCUCCGUCAUUCAGUCACCUCACACACAGACUGUCCAGGAGGAGGACGACGACGACUCCGAGCCUCAGAGACGCCGCGAGCUCCUCUUGAGACGCCCAUCGUACCGGAAAAUCCUCCGUUAUCUUUCAUCAGACUCAAGAGUGGUUCCCAAGAUCCAGGAAAAGAAGACGGAGGAGGAAGUGGUCGGCUCUGCCAGCACGUCAUCAUCACCAUCAGUGGCGCCGACUCCCAUCUACCAGACCAGCUCAGGACAAUACAUUGCGAUCAGUCAGGGCCGAGGCGUCCAGCUCACCAGUCCAGGGGUGGGGGCCCUACAGGUGGGGGGCACGCACACCUCUCAGCCCAGAGCCACCGUCCUGCAGCGUGCAGCCCAGACGAUAGAAUCUCCACAGCAGUUCUGCCUGCAGGGAAGACAGAUUCUCGUCCAAGCUGCCACUGGAGACAUGCCUGCCUAUCAGCUGCGGUCGCCAAACUCCAGCCUCGCUCAGAGCAUCGUGAUGGCGGCAUCGCCAGGCGCCAUGUCCAGCCCGUCGUCACAGCACGCUGAGGAGAUAACGCGCAAGAGGGAGGUCAGACUGAUGAAGAACAGGGAGGCUGCCCGCGAGUGUCGCAGGAAAAAGAAGGAGUACGUCAAAUGUCUGGAAAACCGGGUUGCUGUGUUGGAAAACCAAAACAAGACCCUGAUUGAAGAGCUGAAGGCUCUGAAGGACAUUUACUGCCACAAAACCGAGUAGUAGCAGCUGCUGUCGUGGUCACGGGCCGUGACGCUGCCGCUUUCAGGAAACAGAAAAAAAGAAGAGACUCUGUGGAACAGAAA